AUGGUGUAUCCAGGGACAUAUCAUAGGAUUUGCUCAUACCAUCUACUACAGAACCUAAAGUCAUAUUUUGGCAAGUCAGGUCACAAUAUAACACAGGCAUUCAACUCGGUUGUUCGUGCAUACACCCUAGCAGAAUUUGAAUAUAACAUGCAGCAAUUUGAUUCAAUUAAUCCGAAGAUUAUAGCCUAUUUGGCCGAAGUGAACCCCGAGAAAUGGUCAAGAUUUCACAUGCCAGCUAACCGAUAUUCUAUAAUGACUUCGAAUAUAGUAGAAUCUGUGAAUGCAGUGACAAAAACAGUAAAGAACUUUCCUGUUGUGGCUCUAUUGGAUUCUUUGAGACAGACUAUACAAUAUUGGUUCUAUAAAGAUAGGGACACUGCGUUCAGUACUUUCACAAAGCUGUCAGGGAAUUACGAGAAAAUUUUAAGAGAUAUGAGUUAUGAUUUGAGAAAUUUCACGGUAUCUCGUACAAAUCAAACCAUUUUUUCUGUUUGUGAUGAUAGCUUGUCAUUUAUUGUUGAUAUGGAACAAUGUACAUGCACAAGUAGGACAUUUCAAGUGGAUCAAUUACCCUGCCUGCACACCCUAGCCAUUAUUGCAAUGAUGAAGAUGGAUGCAUAUGAUUAUUGUUCAUACUUCUACACGAGGGAUGCAUACAUCAAUGCUUAUAAACACAUAGUGUUUCCAAUUGGAAACAUCAAUGAGUGGACAGUACCGGAUGAAGUUUUAAACGUAAUUGUGCUGCCACCAAACCAGAAAAGAAGUAUAGGAAGGCCAUUCGAAAAGAGGAAGAGAUCAUCUUGUGAAGGCAAAAUCAUAGUCAAAUGUGGACAUUGUUGUAGAAAUGGUCACAAUCGCAGAACAUGCACUAGUUUGGUUCCAUUAGGUCAAAGAUGUAAAUGA